GGUUUCUUUUUCCGCAGCCAGAAAGGGAGGGGCUGCUGGUUGGCUGAUUAAAGCCUGUCGCUGGCUUUUCCCCACCGCUUCAGCCUGGAGGAAAGAUUUCACCUUUCGAGCCCGGAGAUCACAAACCGCUGUGCUCUGAAGUUAAGAAAAAGAGUUUCAGGAGGAAUCGACUUGAACAUUGAGCAGGACGGUCUUCUUUUCUGGAGAAUCCCCUUCUUUCGUCGGGGCAAGCACUUCCGGUUUCCUUCUGCUCUGCAGCUGUGAUGCACCUGGUGAACAGAUUUUGUCUAGUCACAGGUGAAAAUUGAGUGCUUUCAACUAUCAUAUUAUCCACCUUGAAGGAUACUUAGUGGCUGUGUUGUCCUGAGUGUCCUUGGAGGACUGAUUCACCAUUGCUUUAUAAUCUGCGUAGCUGCCCAGCAGCCCUUCAGAAAGAAGAGCCUCGGAGAUUAGGACAGGAAAAGAUACAGGGGCAGCAUAAUGGCCUCAGCAGGUCUGAUGGAUGUACAGAAGGAGGCCACUUGCCCUGUCUGCCAAGAACUUUUGACAGAACCCCUGAGUCUAGGCUGUGGCCACCAUGUAUGCCAAGCCUGCCUCACCGUGAACAAGGAUGCAGUGAUCAACCCCAGAGGGAGAAGCAACUGUCCUGUGUGUGGUACUAGAUUCUCACUGGAAACUCUACAGGCUAAUAGGCAUCUGGCAGAUGUCAUAGAGAGACUCGGGCAAGUCAAGUUGAACCCUGACAUUGGGAAAAAGAGAGAUCUCUGUGUACACCAUGGAGAGAAACUCCUUCUCUUCUGUAAGGAGGACAAGAAGGUCAUUUGCUGGGUUUGUGAGCGUUCUCAGGAGCAUCGUGGACACCACACAUUCCUCCGGGAGGAAGCAGUCAGGGAAUGUCAGGAAAAUCUCCAGAAAGCUCUCAAGAGGCUGAGGAAGGAGCAGGAGAAGGUGGAGACAUUGGAAACGGACAUCGAAGAAGACAGACUUUCCUGGAAGCGCCAGAUCCAAACUGAGAGAGAAAGGAUACAAAGAGGCUUUAAUCAGCUUAGAAGAAUCCUGGACGAGGAGGAACAGAGAGAGCUGAACAGACUCAGGGAAGAGGAGCAGAUGAUACUAGAUAGCCUGGCCAGGGCCGAGGCCGAGCUGGCUCAGCAGAGCCAGUUGGUGGAGGAACUUAUCUCUGAUCUAGAGCGUCGGUGUGAGUGGUCAGACGCAGAGCUGCUGCAGGAUAUGAGCGGUAUCUUGAAAUGGAGUCAGAUCUGGACACUGAAGAAGCCCAAAGCAGUUUCUAAGGAACUGAAGAUUGUAUUCCAAACUCCUGAUCUGAGUGGCAUGCUACAAAAAUUUAGAGAGCUAACAGCUGUCCGGGCUUACUGGGCGGACUUCACGUUUAAUCCAAAAAACCUAAAUUUGAAUCUUAUACUUUCAGAAGACCACAGACAAGUGACAUCUGUGUCCAUUUGGCCCUUUAAGUGUUGUAAUAAUGGUAUCUUGGGCUCCAAAUGUUUCUCCUCAGGAAAACAUUACUGGGAAGUGGAUGUGUCUGAAAAAAAUGCCUGGACCCUGGGAGUUUAUACUAGAAAACGUACUUUAAAGUUUGAUGUUAGACGGUGCAAAAGUCAGCCAAAUGGUUACCAUAGAUACAAACCACAGAAUGGCUACUGGGUUAUAGGGUUGCAGCAUGGAUCGAGGUACAGUAUCUUUGAGGAUUCUUCCAACCGUGACCCUACAGUUCUGAACCCCUUUGUGGCCACCCCUCUCCAUCGAGUUGGGGUUUUCCUUGACUGUGAAGAGGGCAUAGUGUCCUUCUUUAAUGUCACAAACCACGGGUCACUCAUUUACAAAUUCUCCCAAUGCUGCUUUUCCCAACCUGCCUAUCCAUACUUCAAUCCUUGGGACUGCCCAGCCCCCAUGACUCUGUGUCCUUUGAACUCCUGAGUUUUCUCAUUCUCAUCAUUUCUGGUCUUACUUCUUGCCUUGAUAUUCACCUUCUGGAUGUACCUGUGCUGUUCAGGCGUCUCUUCCCAUGGUCUUCCUUCUUUCAUGCUUGGAUGCAGUCAGUGUAUCUGGCAUCAUUUCGAAUCUCAUAUUCUCAAAGACAGAUAAUCAAGCCUAAAGCUAGGUCAGUAUAAUAUCUGUGCCCUCCGACUUCUAUAUUUCCCUUUUCCUUGAAGAAAGAUGAUACAGUUUAUUAGUCACUGACUAAUCCUUAUUGUUUAAGACAAUCCAUAAGAACUGGCCCCUGGCUACUACUAACAUGUUUUUAAGAAUAUGUUGCUCAGGAUACCUCAUGUUCAACAGGAAGUCAAGGAUUAGAAAAUAUGGACAGCAAUACGUAGCCUAGAGUUGAGGUUAUGUCUAGUAUACAAAUUCAAAUGCUGCCUCUUACAAACUAAUAGAUUCCAAGGCUCUUAAGCUGAAAAUUGAAGUGCAUCUGACUUAAGGUCAUUGUAUGAAACUAGAUAUAUGUAAAUAUAAAAUACUCAUUUGACUGUUUUGUACAUAAUAAUACAUGGGCCUGUAGACCUUUGUACUCAAUGAAAUAUUUUGUGGGCUGUUUGGAGUACUUUAAAUAACUGUUGUCUUCAAAUGCUAGUUUGUCUUCCUUGCCAAUUUGAUUCCAUAUGUAUAAUCUUAUGUGGAGUAUGUCUGAUUUUAGAAAAAGGGUUGAUCUUCAAUGUCAUUCUAAAUUAUUACAAUUCAUUUGCAGGUAAAAAUUUAAUCUGUCCACCUGUAUUAUUAUUAGCCAAAUUCUGUUUGGGGGAAAUAAAUGGAAAGUCAAGUUAUUGGAGAAAUCAAGUAAUAAUAGUAUUGUGUCAAAGAAUUCAUUACCCUCCCAAAACAAACAAACAAAAAAAACCAUUCUUCCCCCUUUAUUAGGUACUUUUCCUGUUGCCAAGGCGUGUGAUAAAAACAUUUGGAUCUGUCUGGAGUUGUUUCUUCCUAGUAUGCUUUGGGUUUAUUCUGCACGCUUAUGGAACAGAGACCUGAACACUGAGUGGUCAGCGCUCAUAGAAACCCAGGUUGUCUGGUUGAACCAGUGCCACUGCCUUCCGUGUCAUUAAGGCCAUGAUGGGCUUCCCUGAUGGGCUGUUGGCAUGAGCUGGAGGAGUUAUUUCCCUGACAACCAUACCACGUUGUGCUGGAAAGGACAAAUGUCUCUUCUCUUUGAUGUCCUUAUGAAUAGGAGUUCAUACAGUACUAAAAAGGCCAGGGUUGCACUGCAGAGUUAAUAUUAAAGGAAUGGAAAAGAAAAAAAAAAACAAGACAAAUGUUACUGAAGAAAUGCAAGCUCUGACCAAUGCUCUGAAACAAAAUUAGAGAACACCUACCACUAGCUCAGAAUAAAGCAAUGGACUAUCAACCACACCAAGGGGGUGGGGUGGGAGUUAUGUCUGCAUCUCAGAACUCAACAUACACCCAAGGAGGCAAACUGGAUGGCUGGGCAGAAGGGACCCUGACAGUGAUCUAAAUAACUUCUAUGCUGAGCAGGGUGGUGGUGGCACACACCUGUAAUCCCAGCACUCUGGGAGGCAGAGGCAGACGGAUUUCUGAGUUCGAGGCCAGCCUGGUCUACGGAGUGAGUUCCAGGACAGCCAGGGCUAUACAACGAAACCCUGUCUCCAAAAAACCAAUCCAAAAAAACUAAAUAAAUAAAUAAAUAAAGCAAUAUUUUGAAUUACAGCUGUUGUGAAAAUAAAGUAAAAGCACUGAAACAGCUGUAGACUAACAGAAGAUUGGAGGGAAAACCUGGUCUUAAGACUUCUGGCUCUAGUAUCGUAAGAAAGGAAAUAUCCUUAAUUCUUUUAAUCUGUCUGGCUGGUAGAAUCUUAUUACACAUUUUGUGAUCAUAGUCCCAUCAGACUAGUACAUUACUUACUGGCAGGUUGAUGAAGUACUUGAGAAACGUUACGGAUGAACACUGUGGAGAGAGGCUACCUGACAAAAUGUGCCCUUCCCCAAGUAGCUCAGAACUGUUGGGGAAGAGCGGGAAAUUAAAACGUUAAAAUACAUGGCCAACCAUCUAGCCCUGCACAAGCUUUUCUACAGUCACAAUUCUUCUAUUUAAGGUAACAGACUGUGGGCUGGAGAGUUGUUGGUAGUUAAGAGCAUUUGUUUUUGCAGAGGACUUGGGCUUGAUUUUCAGCGCUCACUCAGAGGCCUACCACCUUCACAGGUACCAGGCAGGCAUGUGGUACACAGACAUACACACAGGUGCACAUUCAUACACCCAAUACAAUAAAAUCUUAAUAAAUAUUUAAAAACUUAAACAAAAAAGACUGUGUCCUUCAGGUCUGCUGUCACCUUUUGACCUCAGUGAGAAGGAUGAAAGUGACCGGGUGAGCACAGCACUGGCCACACUGUCACUGAACAGUGCUACCGUGUGGUGUGUAUGUGUGUGUUUCUAAUUCUGUGCAAUACACAUUAUAUUUAUUUCUAACAGAGGAAACAGACUCCCAUGGAACACAAUUAUGGAAGCAAUAUUGAAAGAAGACUGGACAGCUAUGAAUUUAAGAACAUUUAUUUUUAGCAAACAGAAACAUUUAUUUACAAAUUGUACAUACAAACCAAAACCUACAAUUCUGCAAUCUCCUUAUUCCAUUUCUUAAAACAAAUGGAGUUGUGGUUUUAAAAUGAACCAAUAUAUAUUCUUUAUUAUUUUAAGCAGAGUCUUGCUCUGUAUACAAGGGUGGCUUCAAAUACAAUCUUCCUGCCACAACUUCCCAGAUGCAGGACAGCAGGUAUGAGCUCCCAUGCAAGGUUCUGAUACAUGAUCUUAAUGAUCACUUAAUUUAGUCAUAGUGAUAAGGUCUCCAAAAUGAAUAAGACACCAUAUUGGACUGACAGUCACAUGUCUGAAACGAUCCAAGUCCCUAGUAAUACUCUUGUUUAUGUUUUACAAUAUAGCAAAAUAUAAAUUUACUACAAUUGUCAUUAUUACUAAAAAUAAUGUGAGUUAACAAUUUAGUAGUUGAUAAGUGUGUGUGUGUGUACAUAUAUAUAUUUUAUUAUAUAUAGAUUUAUUAUAUAUCAUAUAUAUAUACACACACAAGGCCUUGACUUCCAUCUCUGGCAUGAAGAAUAAGAGAAGAAUUUUGCAACAGUGUUAUCGUAUAUAGUGAGCACUCAGACAUAUGGGAAGUGAUUUACUAUUGUCAUCUAUAAAAAAAAAAAACAAAACAA